UAAAGGACUUCAUGUGUGAGUUGUGUGGAAAGACUUUCAGUGAGAGGACCACACUAGAGACUCACAAGCUCAUCCACACAGUGGGUAAGACGUGGACAUGUCCCACAUGCGAUAAGAAAUAUCUGACAGAGUACAUGCUGCAGAAGCACGUCCACCUGACCCAUGAAAAGGUAGAGGCCCAGUCGUGUCACCUCUGCGGGACAAAGGUGUCCACUCGCGCUUCUAUGAACCGACACCUGCGACGCAAACAUCCCGAGGUGGUGUCUGUGAGAAUCGACGAGUUUGAUGAACUUCAGGAAAAUUUGUCAAAGGAUGAUUCAUCUAUCAGCAUUGUGCAGGUUAGAAUAAAAUUCUGGAUUUCUGACACCACAGACCAAAAACGAUUCAUUGUAUUUGGUCUAGACCAGGCCUCCAUCCAUUGUCUUCAGAUGGUCCAAAAUGAAGCUGCUCACCUGCUUACUGGUAUCAAACGGAGAGAGCGAAAAACCAUGAGGUCUAGCUCAAAAUGA